AUGUUCCCCGCUUCAACGCCGCCCAAAUCUCAUCUUGGCCGCUACCGCCUUCUUGCGCCAUCGGCUGGCGUGAAGGUUAGCCCAUUAUGCUUGGGUGCGAUGAACUUUGGAGAAGGCUGGAAGGAGAGGCUAGGUGAAUGUGAUAAGGAAAACUCCUUCAAGAUCCUCGAUACAUUCUACGAGAACGGAGGCAACUUCAUUGACACAGCCAACAACUACCAAAACGGAGACUCUGAACAAUGGCUCGGCGAAUGGAUGAAAUCCCGAGACGUGCGCGACGAGAUUGUUCUGGCAACUAAGUAUACCUCGCCCUUCCAAAAUUACACCAAUAAGGGAAUCCAAGCCAACUACGUCGGCAAUAACUCGAAGAGUCUGAAAACUUCCUUGGAGAGGAGCUUGAAAUUCUUACAGACAGAUUAUAUCGACCUGCUAUAUGUUCACUGGUGGGACUUCAGCACCUCCAUUGAGGAGGUCAUGAUCUCACUUAACCAGCUCGUUACAUCCGGCAAGGUCUUGUACCUGGGAAUUAGCGACACACCAGCGUGGAUUGUCAGCCGUGCGAACCAAUACGCCCGCGAUCACGGCCUACGCCCCUUCAGCGUCUACCAAGGCCAAUGGAACGCAGCCCGACGCGACUUCGAGCGCGAAAUCAUCCCCAUGGUCGCAGCCGAAGGAAUGGGUCUCGCACCCUGGGCCGCCCUCGGCGGCGGCGCAUUCAAAACAACCGCCCAACGUGAAGAGCUUGCAAAGAACGGUAAUCCUGGACGACAGGUCGAGCCGCGAGAGAUCGACGUGGCAGUUUCAAAGGUCUUGGAGAAGGUGGCAGCGCGACACAAUACCGUUAUCACGAGCAUUGCGCUUGCGUACGUCAUGCACAAAGCACCUUAUGUGUAUCCGAUUGUUGGCGGGCGUAAGGUCGAGCAUUUGCAAGGGAAUAUCGAUGCGUUGAAGGUUCAGCUUACCGAGGCGGAUAUUGAGGAGAUUGAGGGUGCUUAUGAGUUUGAUAUUGGGUUCCCCAUGAAUUUCCUCUUCCGCGGUCAGUCUCAGGAGGCGCAUCCCGGUAAUUCGGCCUUCAUGAAUUCUGCGGCUAGGAUUGAUUAUCCUGAUUUGGUGAGGGCUCCUAAGGUUAAGACUUUGGAGGAGGUUUGA